AUGGGCAAGAAGAGUGCAAGGGCCGAACAAAGCUAUUCCAAGCACCCAUUCUUGCUUACGCCAGAUGAGAUUCUUAGCCAUCUCGAGACAAAUGCCGAUUCGGGCCUGAGCAGUGCUCAAGUUCAGCGAUAUCAGGAGAAAUAUGGCCCGAACCGGCUGGAAGGAGAUGGAGGGGUCUCGUGGUACUCCAUCUUAGGAAAACAAAUAUCCAACGCAAUGAUUUUGGUGCUGGUGCUUGCCAUGGCACUUUCGUAUGGUGUCGAAGAUUUCGUCGAAGGUGCUGUCAUCACCGCCGUCAUCGUUCUCAAUGUCUUGAUUGGCUUUUACCAAGAGUUUCAAGCCGAGAAGAAAAUGGACGCCCUCCGGUCCCUCUCAUCACCUUCAGCAGCAGUUAUGCGUGACGGCAAUGAGAUGACCAUUCCGUCCGCGGAAGUGGUUCCCGGAGAUAUCGUCUCAAUCAAGACUGGUGACACGGUGCCCGCCGAUCUGAGAAUGUUUGAGGUCAUGAACCUGGAAUGUGACGAAGCCAUCUUGACGGGCGAAGCCCUUCCAGUCGCCAAAGAAGUCGAAUUCGAAGCGAAGCACGGUACGCCCAAGGAAGAUUUGGGUCUGGGAGAUCGACUGAACAUAGCAUAUUCGUCCUCAACCGUCAGGAAAGGACGUGGCCGAGGUAUUGUGGUCUUCACUGGCAUGUCUACCGCAAUCGGAGGAAUCGCGGCCUCAAUGCAGGGUAAACGACGGCCGGCCAAUCGAUCCAUGUCGAGGAAGAAAUAUGGUCGGAUGCAGCCCGUGAAGGGUGGUGCAUUACGCACUUAUGAUGGGGUUCGCAAGUUCUUGGGCCUCACCGGCGGCACGCCUCUGCAGAUCAAGCUUAGCAAGCUCGCCUAUAUUCUCUUUGGCUGCGCGCUCAUCCUCGCCAUUAUCGUCUUCGGCGUCAACCGCUUCAACGUCACCAACGAAGUUGCCAUCUACGCCAUUUCCACCGGUAUUGCUAUCAUCCCAGAGUCCUUGAUUGCGGUCUUGACCAUUACGAUGGUUGUUGGCAUGACCCAAAUGAGGAAGCGAAAGGUCGUAGUUCGGCAACUCAGCGCUCUGGAAGCCCUAGGAGGCGUGACAAACAUCUGCUCAGACAAGACUGGCACCCUCACGCAAGGCAAGAUGGUCACUAGAAAGGCCUGGAUCCCUGGAGUCGGGAUCUACAGCAUCGAGAACUCCAGCAACGCCUCAGAUCCCACAGAAGGGACCGUCAUCCUAGGCAAGGCCCCGAAGUCACGCCAGGAGCACGAAGCCGAGCGUGUGGCCAGAGAAGAAGCCCUUGACCGCAAACGAAGCACUGCGGGCAUCUCUUUCGACGUGCCCCACGAGAAGAUGCAUAAAGAUGCCGAAAAAUCAUCCGAAGAAACUCUGACAGAGGGCCAGGAAAGCCCUGAGGUCACCGCAGAGCUCCAAGCAUUCCUCGAGUCUGCCGCUCUCUGCAACCUUGCCACCGUGCGCAAAGUCACCGAAGAUGGACAAGAGAAGUGGAAGACAACCGGUGACCCGACAGAAAUCGCCUUACAGGUCUUCUCCCACCGCUUCCAGUACGGCAAGAGGACGCUCGAAGACGAGCACGGCUGGUCGCAAAAGAUGGAAUAUCCGUUCGAUAGCUCCAUCAAGCGCAUGUCGGUCGUCUACAGCAAGCCAGGCGAGGAGCACCUCAUUAUCUUCACCAAGGGUGCCGUUGAGAGAAUCAUAGAUCUUUGCACAUCUGUGGGCGUGGGUGGACACGAAGAGACCAUGACACCAGCACUCAAGGAAAGCAUUUUGGAUCAAAUGACCUUCCUCGCCGAACAAGGUCUCCGAGUUCUGGCCAUCGCUCGGAAGUUCACAGACAUGGAAAUCAAAGAACACUCUGACGAUAAGAUUGACCGUUCCGAAGUUGAGAAAGACCUUUGCUUGCUUGGCCUGGCUGGCCUGUACGAUCCACCACGGUUGGAGACCAAGGCCGCCGUUCAGGCUUGCACGACCGCUGGAAUCACUGUCUCCAUGUUGACAGGCGAUCACCCUUCCACAGCCACGGCGAUUGCAAAAGAAGUCGGAAUCAUCCCAAGGAACAUGGGUACCUUGUCCCCCGAGGUCGCCGCCGCCAUCGUCAAAACUGCCACCGAAUUCGACAAGAUGAGUGACGCGGAAAUCGACGCGCUUCCGACCCUUCCCCUUGUCGUCGCCCGCUGUGCACCCGAGACCAAAGUCCGGAUGAUCGAAGCUUUGCACCGCCGGAACAAGUUCGCAGCCAUGACGGGCGACGGUGUGAACGACUCGCCGUCCCUCAAACUUGCAGACGUUGGCAUAGCCAUGGGUCUCAACGGAAGCGAUGUUGCCAAAUCCGCCUCAGACAUUGUGCUCACGGACGACAACUUCGCAUCCAUCGUCAACGCCGUGGAAGAAGGUCGGCGCAUGUUCGACAACAUCCAACGAUUUGUUCUCCAUCUGCUGACAUCCAAUGUCGGUGAGGUCAUCCUCCUCAUCUGCGGCCUGGGCUUCCAAGAUCGAUCUGGCUUCUCCGUCUUCCCGCUCUCACCCCUGCAGAUCCUCUGGAUCAACAUGCUGACCUCGUCGUUCCCCGCCUUCGGUCUCGGCAGAGAAAAAGCAUCUCCCGACGUGAUGGAGCGGCCGCCCCAUGACAACAGACGCGGUGUCUUCACCCUGGAACUCAUCACCGACAUGCUUGUCUACGGCACCAUCCAGGGCACCUGCUGCCUGAUGACGUUCGUCUUCAUCGUCUACGGCCCUGGGCCCGACGGCCUGGGCCACGACUGCAAUCACAGCUACAACUCGUCCUGCGACGUGGUGUUCCGCGCCCGGGCGGCCGUCUUUGCCGAACUCACGUGGCUGAUCCUCAUCUCGGCGUGGGAAUUCAAGGCCAUGCGGCGCAGCAUGUUCCGGAUCGACCCUCACUCGACCAGUAGCUUCCCCUUCUUCCGCGACAUCUGGGAGAACCAGUUCCUCUUCUGGUCCGUCGUGUUGGGUGCCGUGUCCGUCUUCCCGGCCGUCUACAUCCCGGGCCUGAACACCAGCGUGUUCAAACACAAGGGCAUCAGUUGGGAAUGGGCGCCCGCGAUCGUGUGCGUGUUUGUCUUUGUCAGCGGCAUGGAAGCGUGGAAGUACGUCAAGAGAGCGAUGAGAUGGUUCGAGAAGGAGGAGACCGAGGGCAUGAAGGCCAGGAGACGCGAAGGCGGCGCCCUCGGCCUGAGGCAGGGCUUCUUCACCAUGGCCAGGAGUUUCACAAAGAGUAAGAGUGAGGAGAAGAGGAACGUCAUGGAGGUUGGAGAUGUUUCCACACACGGCCACGGGCGUGGACCCGGCCAUGCACAGGGGAGUGCACUGCCCCGGGUCAGGGAGGAAGUAUAG